CGCAAGGAAGUAAAACCGGGGUGCGUAAAACUGAAAAUUAACAAAUUGAAGAAAUUUAAUAAAAUCUUACAAAUUUGUAUUCGCAACAUUUAUAAUGCACCUAUUGUUCAAACUAGUUUUUUAAUAUAUUUACACAACUCUUUUUGAAAAUGAAAUCAACUACACAACUGGAGUAUUUGGACUGACAACUUCCGGUUCGUGAGCGACUCGCAAGUCGCAUAAGUUACAGUGUGUUUACUUGAAAAAAUACACUUUUAUGUGUUUUCUUAUUAUAAUUUGACUAAACUAAUGCAACAUGGGUGAAAAUUUAUUGAAAGAAGCCUUUGAAGUUGAGUCGGAACAUGGAGCUUUCUAUACAGGAGGAAAUAUUCUGUGGAGUAAGGAUGGUGAACAUUUAUUUUGCCAAAAUCAGGGACAGGUAUCCGUACUGUCGGUGAACAAAGGUUUAAUUAAAUCGACAAUUGGAAAAUCAGAGAAGGAGGAAGAGGAGGAUCCUAUAAACUGUUUUGCCCUUAGUAGGGACAAUCUUUCUUUGAUUACACAACAUAAAAGUAGUCUUUUUAAAUUAUGGAGUUGGGAAGAGACAAAAUUAAGAAAAAUGUGGAAGUCUAUUCAUCAAGGACCAGUAACUCAAAUAUCCUUCUUCGAUGGAGAUAUUAUCAUGGCCUCUGGAGGUUCUGACGGCAGUGUUAGACUCUGGAAUAUAGAACAUCAAUCCUGCACUCAUGGUUUGAAGGGUAUUCAAGGAGUAGUUAGUGUUUUAGAAUUUCAUCCAGAUUCGGAAAAGGAACUUUUAUUCGCUGCUGGUGAUGAUACAAAAAUCCACGGUUGGAACAUAAAAACAGGACAGAAAAAAUUGUUAUUAAAUGGUCAUUUUAGUAAAGUUACAUCUAUUUCUUUUCAUCAAGACGGAGUACAUAUGGUCAGUUCUGGUCGAGACAAAGUUUUAGUAUUAUGGGAUAUUUCUAAAGGAACUUCUCUAAAAGUAUUACCUGUUUACGAAGGAAUCGAAGGGGCUUUUAUCAUUCCAUCCGAUGUUGUUUUACCGAAUUCUUUGAAAAAUAAAAAAUCGGAAAUCUAUGCUGCUUGUGCUGGUGAAAAGGGAGUCAUCAAAAUAUGGAAAAUGAAAUCGGGCAGUGAAGUUUAUACACAAGAAAACUCUCUUGUUCAUCCUGCAAAAGAAGAAGGUGGUCUAUCUAUAACACACUUGCUGUAUAAUGCAAAAAGUAACAGCGUGGCUAUUGUGUCUGCUGACCACAAUAUUAUAAUUCAUUCUCUGGAAACCUUUCACUGCAAAAAACAAUUAGUGGGUUACAGUGCAGAAAUUUUGGACCUCGUUUACGUUGGCGAAGGAGAUACUCAUUUAGCAGUAGCGUCAAAUAGCUGUGAUAUAAAAUUAUACGAGUUGGAAACGAUGAAUUGUCAAUUGUUGGGUGGUCACACGGAUUUUGUUAUGUCUUUAACCAGUACUCCUACCAAUCGACAUCUUUUUGCCUCAUCAAGUAAAGACAACAGUGUUAGAUUAUGGCUACUGGACAGAGAAUCUCUACAGGCUAGUUGCAUUGGCGUAGGAGUGAGACAUACAGAAUCGGUAGCUUCUAUCGCACUCUCUCAAGCAUCAGCAAAGUUUUUUGCAUCUGUCAGUAAAGAUUUUUGUCUAAAAAUGUGGGACGUUCCUGAAAAAUUAGUUACUGGUGCAGAUGCUGUAACUCUCAAUGCAAUUUUCUCGGUGAAAGCACAUGAUGCAGAAAUUAAUUGUGUUUCCGUUUCUCCGAAUGAUAAGUUCAUUGCAACUGCUGCUUUAGAUAAGACUGCUAAGCUUUGGGAUGCGAGUAAUUUACAAUUAUUGGGAGUAUUUCGCGGACAUCGAAGAAGUGUUUGGUGUGUUAGAUUUUCGCCAAUUGAUCAAGUGCUUCUGACAUCGUCUGCAGAUUGCACAAUGAAAAUUUGGUCUUUAACUGAAUUGAAUUGUUUAAAGACGUUUCAAGGUCACGAAGCCUCUGUUAUAAGGGCUGAAUUUUUAUCACGAGGGAUGCAGAUUAUGUCAUCGUCUGGAGAUGGUUUAGUAAAAUUAUGGAGUGUCAAAACUUCUGAAUGCGUUAGUACUCUGGAAAAACACGAAUCUGCAGUUUGGGCUCUCAAGGUGAAUAAGAUAGAAACACAUGUGGCGAGUGGAGGAAGCGAUUCAAAGUUGAUUAUUUGGCGUGACAUUACUCAGGAAAAUAAAGCAAAAUUAAUUGCCGAAAAGGAACAGUUAAUUCUCGAAGAACAAAAAUUGGCAAAUUUGCUCAAAGCUGAUCAAUUAACAGAAGCUUUAAAUCUUUCUCUAAAAUUAGAAAAACCAUUCCAGAGUUUAAAGAUAAUUGAAGGUAUUAUUAAAAAGAACGAGGAGAAUUUAGUAAAUACUAUUCGUGAAUUAAAACCAUCUCGACAGGAAUCAUUACUCAAAUGUGCUGUUAUUUGGAACACCAACAGUCGAAAUUCACAAGCUGCUCAGUUGGUGAUAAACGCAUUAAUGAAUGAAAUUGGCGGUGAAUAUUUACAAGCAAUAGGUUUCAAUUCAUCUCUGGAGGGAUUGAUUCCGUAUUCGGAGCGACAUUUCAAAAGACUUACACAUUUAUUACAAGAUCUUCAUCUUCUUAAUUAUACUGUACAUCGUAUGAAACCACAUAUGACGCCAAUGAAUAUUGAUUAGUAUAGAGAAAGAAAUAUUAAAAAUAAAUAUUUUUUAAUAACAUCA